AUGACGAUCUGUACUUAUAACGCACGUAUGCUUGCAUCGAAAGCGGCCGUCGAAGAUCUGACGAUGCAAGCCAAGAAGAUUAAUUCCGACGUCAUCGGAGUGCCCGAGACGAGACGACGUCACCUUCUCAACGCUGUAUAUGAAACUGGAGAAGAACUGUUCUUAGGAGCAUGCGACAGUGGAGAUUUUGGAAGGGUUGGCGACCUCGUCAACAGGAGCAUGGCAAAGAACAUCGACUCUUUCGAACUACUUACGACCCGAAUCGGACGUCUGCGGACGAGAAGAUGUGGUCCAACAUCAGCUUUGACUAUCUUCGUUGCUUACGCUCCAACAUCAAGCUACGAAGAAGAAGAUGUCGAAGCUUUCUAUAUGUACCUGGAGAAGUUCUGCCUUCUACAAGAAGCCCUCCUCUCUACGCUGGACGUGGGAGGGUACGGUAAUGAAAUAGACCACAUCAUCGUCAAUAAAAGCUUCUGCCUGACGGACGUCACUGUUGUUCCAAAGUUCUAUGCGGAAUCGGACCAUCGCCUCCUCCAAGGAAGAUUUUCCUUCACAAGGAGAGAAGAGAAAGCCGCUAAGUUCAGAGAGCGAAAUCCCAGAACUAUCAUUAACUGGGAUCUCUUCGCCACGCUAGCCGGCUUUUGGGAACAUUGCGCAGUGAACAACAUCGACGAGGAAUGUGACCGGCUCGUUGAACCGACCGAACCUUCACGACUGCACGAAGAAGGCUGA